AUGGAGCCAGAACUAAAGGAGAAGUUGUUGGCACGAGAUGAAAUGAGUUUGGAUUUUGAAAAUUUUGAGGAUGCUCAUUCUGUGAUAGAAAACGGAGAAUAUUUUAGAAAUCCUGAUUUGUACGAACGAGCAGUAAGUUAGGAAGAUUUAAAAUUUAUAUUAUUUUUGGGCAUCACAGAAAAGACCAAGCAAAAACCCUGUAUACUUAAUGUUCGCGCAGUUGUUAAUAAACUAAAAUAUCAAACAGAUUAAAAUAGUUUUAAAAAACUUAAAAAUUAGAAAAAUCACUUCAACAAUCUUGUUUCAUCCACUUUAAACUUGUUUUUCUCAAAAUUUUGUUUUUUUUGUCCAAAAAAGAUGUCAUUUCGACUUAUUUUCUAGAAGCUUUUGUUUUGUCCGACAAUUUUUUGUUUGUAGCUUUCUGUAGCCACCGUACUGCCUCCGAUGGAGUUGACAUGGAACAAUAUUAUUGCUUUUGUAAGUAUUCUUACUGUUUUUAUCUGUAAUUAAUUGUUUUUCGUUAUUCGAACCACUGAUAUUGUUGUUCAUCAUUAUUGUUUUGUUUUUAGUCGAAAGAUGAUUCAGAAAGAGGUUGCAGCUCGAGAAUUUCUGAUCUCUACAAUGCUAUUACCAAAGAAAAGCCGAAGAAGAUUAGGAGAGGAAGGAUUUUGGACAACGGUAAGUAUUUUCGGUAUUUCUACCUUAUUUAGGUAAUUGAUUAUGGUAUUUGAGCGAGAUUGCAAUAAUUGUGUGUUUUAGUGUUCGGAAGGUCUCGAGCAGGAGAAGUUUUGGCGUUGAUGGGUUCUAGGUAACAUUUUGUUAUGUUUUAACGUGUUUUUUCUUAGCUAAACCUUUCAUAAACAAUAUACAUUUAGUGGAGCAGGAAAGACAAGUCUCCUCAACAUUCUAACUCAACGUAACUUGAGCACAGUAAGAGUGGAAGGAGAUGUUCGAGUUAAUGGAGUGAAGGUAGGAAAGGAGCAGUUGAGGAAGAUGAGUGCCUAUGUUCAACAAGAUGAUCUGUUUAUUGGAACGAUGACAGUGAUGGAGCAUCUAAAGUUUAUGGCCACGUUGAGGAUGGGAAAGAAUUACUCUAAAGCUGAAAGAGAAAGACGGGUUUACACGGUUAUGAAUGAUUUGGGGUUGAUCAAAUGUGCAAACACCAUAAUUGGCAAACCUUUCGAGACUAAGGGAUUGAGUGGAGGAGAAAGGAAGCGAUUGGCAUUUGCUUCUGAGGUAAAGAAACUUUUUUUAUCGUUGUAAAUUACGUUUUUUUUGUGUUUUAAUUUUGUGAGUUAACAUUUAAUGCUAUGAUAAUGAAUGUCAUCCUUUUUGUAGAUAUUGACCAGCCCGCCAUUACUUUUCUGCGACGAACCGACCUCGGGAUUGGAUUCUUAUCUAGCUCAACAAAUUGUUCAAUUACUCAAAAACUUGGCCAAAUCUAAGAAUAUGACUAUUGUUUUGACUAUUCAUCAACCUUCCAGUCAAGUCUUUGAACUUUUUGAUAAGUAAGUCUUUGUUUAUGGCAUUACUGUUAGUAUUAUAUAAAGUAAAGGUUUUUUCGCUUUUUGACAUUUUAUUAUGACUUUUUAUUGUCUUUUAAGCAUAAUUAAGAUUGUAACUUUAACCUCAUUGUAUAUUAAAGUAGCCAUACUUGUAACAAUGGUUUUCAGGGUGUGUUUACUGGCAGAUGGUCGAACUGCAUUCUUGGGUUCGAUGCUGGAAGCGUCAAUGUUUUGGAAAGGAAUGGACAUGGAUCUGCCUGAGAAUUACAAUCCUGGAGAUUAUUUCAUAAGCACACUGACUCAAAAUGAAAAGGAAAAGAAAAACAAAAAGGCCAAGGUAAAAUACGCAGCAUUCUUUAGCACCUUACUUUGUUUUUAUAAGCAUGCUUACUUUCAUUGAUGACUUUUUUGAUUUGCAUACAAGUGGACAGGUUCAAGUUAAUUUUUUAGAAGAUUUGUGACGCUUUCGAAGCGAGUGACAUUGGGAAAGAAUUGAAGAAGUCGGUUUCUAGAUUCCAGCACACUGAUAACAGUGGGUCGAGUGAAUCGAAUAGUGAUAUCUUCAAGUUCAACGACAUUUACUGGAAUAAAGGGCCUAGCUAUCGGUCGACGUAAGACUUUCUUGUUACUUUAACAAACAAUUUUUAUUUUAAAUAUUGUGUAAGCAAUACCACUUCCGAAUCGUUAUUUGUAAAAUACGACAUGCAGUCCUGUAUUUGUAAAAGUAAAUUUACAUUGUUUUAGAUGGUGGCAACAGUUUACUGUGCUAACCAAACGAUCCUUCUUGGUUACCAUAAGAGAGCCGACUUUGUUGAAAGUGAAGCUGAUCCAAACCAUCAUUAUCGGUAUUAUUCUUGGGUUAAUAUACUUCAAUACACCAGUAAAACAGUCUACUGUCAUGAAUAUCAAUGGAUUACUGUACCAAGCUGCAAGUAACAUGAACUUUAUGUUCCAAUUUUCUGCUUUGGGGGUGAGUUUGUCCAUUUUAUAUCAUUAAUAUUCAUGUUUACUCUAUUGUAGUAAACAUGAUUUUUUGUAAAUUGAGUGUUACUGUGUAGAAUUGAAAUUUUAGAUGAUUUGUGCUGAAUAUCCUAUUUUCUUACGGGAACAUUUGAGUGCAACAUACCGUGUCAGUACCUAUUUUCUGGCGAAAAAUGUGGCAGAAGUAAGGUCUUGUUUUUUAAAAUUAUUAUCGAAAAUGUGAUUUUAUCAUCUUCAGGUUUACAAACUUUGAACUUUGUUUUAGUCAGUUCAAUACAUAAUAUACCCGUUUGUCUUCUCCGCUAUUACCUACUGGAUGGCUGGACUAUACUCUUCGAUCUGGGCCUUCUUGAUCUACACUUUGAAUUGUAUCUUAAUGACCAAUACUGCCGUUUCUGUUUGUAAGUUUUUACAUUGAUUAGCUUUAUUUUACUUUGGUAUGGUUUACGGUUUGGUAAAAUACGAUAUAUAUUUGGAUCAUCGAUAUAUUUUAGCUUACUUCAUGGCCUGUAUCUUCCCCCAAGUGAACGUGGCAUCAGCAAUCAUGCCCAUCAUCGUGAUCCCGCUACUGGCAUUUGGAGGAUUCUUCAUCAACCAAAACACUUUACCGUGGUAUUUCAUGCCCCUGAAGUAUGUCAGUUACUUUGGCUAUGUCUUCGAAAAUCUGGCUAUAAAUGAGUGGAGUGGAAUUGACAAAAUCGAAUGUGAAACUUCUCGGAAUUGCCUGGAGUCUGGACAUGAAGUAUUGGAAAGCCUGAGUUUCCAUCCGAGCAAUCUGAUCUUCAACACGGUAGCUUUGAUGGUUAUGAUUGUGGUCUUGCGGUUUAUAGGGUUUUUGGCCUUACUUAUUCAUGCUAGUAACAAAAAGUAG